AUGAUCUAUUCGGCAACCCCCGCAACGUCUGGACCGCUCACCAUACAGUGUACCCAGUUCAAUGUCAACGUCAACAACUACUAUAUCAUGCCGCCAGCGCCGCCUAGUUCAAGCAUUCCGAAGGACGACCAGCCCGUACAGGACGACGUAGAUUCGUUCGAUUGGAAUGGACUCAACUUCGGCAAUCUGUCGUUUGACUUUGAUGAGGGCGAUACUUCAAGUACACAGUUCUCUGUCGAUGAGCCUUCUGAAGAUUUCGGCGACUCAAUGAGCUCUGUCUUCACUGGACUUGAGCGGAUGACAACCCCCUUCGAAAGGCGACUUGUCUCGGAAACUGGGAGCCUAAGUCAUCGUAGUGUAGCCAAGUCGGCGACCUGGUCGCAAACCAUCAUCGCCCCAACUCCUGGCUACGGGUAUGUCACUCCCCUCGGCAAGUUUCUCCAGGAAUGGAAUGCUCCGUCACGCGCCUAUUCAAGAUACCACCCGUAUGGAACCUCUGUGUCGCCAGAAACCAAAUCAUCAAGAGCUCCAAGUUUGCCUCCUCUACGUCGCGCCGUUUGGCGGUCUGUUAGCCGCUUGACACAUAACUCAACAUGGCACGCUCAAACUAGCUCCACCCCUGAUGUUGAUUCGCCGUGGCCCCAGGAGAAGGAGGCGAUAUUUUCCUCCGUCCCAAAUGUCUAUCCUGGUGCGUUCACUGCCGGCUUCGCCUGGCCUCGUAUCCCUCCAGGCGCGAUAAGCACAUACUCUAGCCUUGCCGGAGCUCUCGGUGAUCCGCCCACUUAUUCUUCGCCUUCUUCGGGAUCGCCAUCAUCACAGUCAUCCUCGUCUCCAGGCUUCGACAGUUGGGAUGAUUCGGACGAUAGCAGCCAGGCGUCUACCCCAGCAAAAUAA